AUGGAAGCCAAGGAUGAGGAGAGGCCUGUCAUAGCGAGACCCGUGGCUUCCAGGCCUUUCAAAAAGUUCAGAUCCUUCACCGAAUUCCUCACCGACGCCAUCCAUGCCUCUCCAUCAGCUUUGGAUCCGGAGAUGCCUGUUCCGAUUAAGCCCAAGAUCACGAGAUUGACGACUUCAGCAACAUGUUCAUCAGUUGAAGAUUUCCUAUCCAUGGUGAGCUGCAGACCCUGACCUGUGUUUUCCCAUCCAAAAGGCCAUGAGCUUCCUGGGUUUAAUGAUCUGAGUGGGAAAAUAUGUCUCAGGACGGAGAUUCUGCUUCAACGAUGCCUGAUUCCUGCGAUUACUCUGUCAGACCCUCGAGAUCAGAUGGAAAUCUCAGCAUCAUACACAAGCCAACAGCAAAGCUCGUCUCAAGGAGCACCGUUUUCUUGGAGAAAAUGGUCUGUGCGAUAGUUCUACUAAUUUCUUGGAAACAUUAGAGAACCAAGUUAAAUCUUUUCUUUCUUUCUUUUUUCUUGUAAAGGGGGAUACAAACAUCUGUCAGACGAUUUCAGAACAGCUUCAAUCCCAGAUUCAUCAUCCGGAGAAAAGGAGGCGUCAGCUCCAGUACCCACAAACCUCCAUCGCUGAUCAAUAUCAGGAACCCAAGUUCAACGCGAUACGGCAAUCAAUGGAACCUCCAAAGGAUUUUGGGAGAACCCUGGAGGAAGAUUUGAAGCCCCAGCUCUCGAUGAACAGCGGGGAUCAGAUCUCCCAUGACGGAUACAACUGGAGAAAAUACGGGCAGAAACAGGUGAAAGGAAGCGAGUACCCUCGGAGCUACUACAAAUGUACUCAUCCAAGCUGCCCGGUGAAGAAGAAGAUCGAGAGAUCGCUUAAUGGGCAGAUAGAAGGGAUCAUCUACAGAGGUGAGCACAACCACCCCAAGCCCCAAACUUCCAAACGCUUCCAGUCAACUUCACAAGGGAGAUCGGCCUCCGAUGGGUACGGGAGAGACGACGGUGCGCAGCCGUUGACCAACGACGAAUCCGAGGGCAGAGUGGAAAGCGCCAGUGAAGUGGGUUGCUCGAUAACUGAUUCAUACAGUGGGAAAGCGUUGACUAAUGUUGAACUCACCACCGAACAAGCGUACAAUACCCAGAUCGGAACUUCCGAAUCUUGUGGAUUUGGGCGAGCAGUCUGUGAAGAGGAAGGGCCUGAUGAACGCAGUUCGAAGGGAAGGUACUCUUCUGGAAUCUCACUCUCCUCCCCCUCGAGUAUCAUCACUUCUAGCUUCGUCCUCAACCUUGGAACUCCCCGUCGCAGAGGAACUACGAAAGCUCUCCCCGAAUCUCACACUGUGGUGCAGACCAGCCCCGAGUCCAGCGCCACGGGGGACGGCUACCAGUGGAGAAAGUACGGCCAGAAGGUCGUCAAGGGAAACCCAUAUCCAAGGUCAACCAUUCCUCCUCUCUCUCUCUCUCUCUCUCUCUCUCUCUCUCUCUCUCUCUCUCUCUCUAAGGUUUGACCUAGAGGAAGCUCGAUCUUAUAUGAAUCUGCGGAACGGUUCGAUGCUGCAGGAGCUACUACAAGUGCUCCGCUCCCAAGUGCAACGUCCGGAAGCACGUCGAGAGGGCGUGGGACGACCCCAACUCCGUCAUCACCACCUACGAGGGGAAGCACAACCACGAGAUUCCGGCUACAAACCCUAAUCCCGAUGGCCCCGAGCAGGAGCCCCUCGCUGCCACGAAGAAGCCCAGGCAGUAA